AUGUCUCAUCCUGUGGUUGGUUUCGCAGACCUGCCAAAUUCUAAAUGGCCAUCCAAGAACCCGUAUCGUCAACAACCAGACUCUUCCAACGACCCUAGAUCCAGAUCAACCUCUCAAGAUGUCGAAUUUCCUUCUUCAUCCAGCAAGCCAGCCCCAGUCAGGGCAGUGUUCCAUGAUCUGCACACUGCCCACUCUUCAAUCACAUCUGGUAAAAAGAGGACUUCAAGUGGACGACGUGCUAUUUCACACAAUCUCUUCGAGCCCCCCGAAAGAUGCGACUCGAUUCCCCUUCAGAAAAUAGAGAGAAAGAGAGGGACGAAUGUUGAAUCAUUUCUCCAAAAUAUACCGCUCCCGCCACCUCCCGCUGCUCUCUUCGGAGGACGUUAUGGAUCAGAUACAGAAAAUUCUACUCCAGUUCCUAGGUCAAGAUCACAACGUCGCUCGUCAAUAGUCAAGGGCGAACCUGGCUCUCUACUGUCCAACAUUAAGACCGCGCUUGCAACCAUAUCAUCACCCAUCACUCCAGAUACAAAAGAUGAAGAGGACAAAACUUCGCAUUGGCCGAAAGAGAAUCCCAACAUUCCAAAGGGAACAUUUGGAAAGAAAUCCUCAGGAUAUAUGGAGCUUCUCAAAGAAAAUGAUGAAAGAGGUCCAUAUACACCAGAAGCACGAAAACAGGGUCGUGGUGGUAAUGACGAAGACAAGUCAAGUAUUAGAUAUCAAGGAAAUGACUUUUCUAUAUACCACUCCAAACUCGGCGAAGCACCGUCGGGUUCCCUACCACCAAGCAGCAAUGAUGGAGAUAGUCUAGGCGACCUUACACGUAAAAAAUCUUACAACCCGGCACGACAUUCUUUGUAUACACCAUAUCAAGGCGAAAUACAAUCACCAAUACGUAAGAGUUCUUCCGACACGACGCCUCAGAGACACAGUUAUGAUAUUCAAAGAGCUACUAGCACUGUUGGUAAUAUCUAUAAGCACUAUCUUCACUCGAGUGGAAGAGGGUUUGAAUCCGAUAGCGAAGAAGAGGUAGACGAAGAAAGCCCUUUAAGAGGAGAUAUCGCCGCUAAAAGUUCCAAUCACCAAAAUUACUUCAAUGAAUUUGACCUAGACACGAGAUUAGACUCUGGAGAAAUGUUGCCACCAGCUCUUAAUAUCAAGAAGCAACGGAAGGUUGUUAGGGUACGCGGAGAGUCAAAUGGUCAGCCACCAACCCGUACCUUGCCUGAAGUACCUAUUCUUGCUGUGCCAACAAUUGCUCCAAGCAUUUCUCAAGGAAUUGGCCAAACAUCUUCUUACGGUGACACACACAAAUUGCUUGAACUCACUCAAACAACAACCAAGGCUGGAUCUCGAAAAGCUUUGAUACAGAGAACUAAUAGUGUGAAUUCUGAUGGAGAUGACUCUGAAGCAGACAUUGCUGCACAGCUGCACGUACCUUCAUUCCCAUUCGCCACACCCAAGGUUCAGCCCACGCCAAAAGUCAUAAUAUCUCCAGCAGAUGAUCCUUCAGUGUAUGGGGACGAUCCACACUGGACAGACCCAGUUAUCUUGCGACAGCCACUGGAGAGAGAAGUUAGCAAGGCCCUCCGUCGUGCCAGUGGUUAUAGUGUCUAUAGCAUGGAGAGCGUAUCAACGUCAUUCACGGGUCAGAAUGAGCAUCCUCGACCUCAAAGACCUGGAUUAAAUUUCUCAAGAAAGCUCAAUGUGGAAGACACACCUCCAUCAGAUUCUGGAAGCCUUAGCACUGAGCAAAGAGAGUUUGUAGCACAGGCGCAGGCGUUCUACGAUCGUGGAGCAAUUGCACCUAACUGGGUUACUGCCCAGCAUCAAAACGUUGUCCGUAUUCCAAUUAGUCACAGCGUUAAUCUUCCCGACUCUCCUCCAGAAUCCCCGUAUGAUCGACCUCAUGAAUCAUCCGAGAAACAUACCACUCCCACCGAGGCGGAAGAUUGGGAAACUGUAGCAGACAGCGCUGCGGGACCCUUUGGCCGUUCUAAGCCGAACGAGCCAAUGAUGAUGGGGGGUCUUGUCAACAGAGCAGGAAGCAGCAUUGCAGAUAAUUCAGAUGAUGGCACAGAGAGCACCGAGCCUCUACGUAUCGAUGAGUACGGAUCUUCGGAACGUAUUGCACAUCAUCCUGGCAAUGUUGAAUACUACGGAGACUAUCGUCAAAGAGAUCUAAAAAAGUCUCACAUUCCUGUGUUUCUACCUGUCUUCAGAGAGCACAAAGUCAACGGCUAUCUUGCAGAUUCAAACAGAACCCGGCCACCUCAAAAUAACUACAACUACAAUCCACAACCUCUUAGUAAAGCUCAUACUAAUCCUUUCAAAUCCCCUCCGCCGAAGAUGAAGCCAUCUCGUGGUCAAAAUCAUGUUAUAUUCCCACCGUCUCUUCAUACAAGUGAGGAAAGUGCAGACUUUACAAGUUCUAAUCAAGGCCAACAAAUUUCUUCUAGUAUCCGAGGACAUGUGGAUGAACGCUUGAGAUUUGACUGGACAGGUGACGUGGGUGAGCCAGGACUAGCGUUAGGUGGUUUUAAUGAUGAUAUACCACCAUUGAACAAGAAGCGUUCGAGUUCGUGGCAAUAUGUGUUAGCGCUUGGCGAGAAAAUAGCCAGCCCAAAGAGAGAGCCAAUGGCAACAAUAUCAAAAAAUGCUACCAAACACAAGGAAAUUCAAAUAGAAUUGAAAACCGCCGGUGAUCCAAAGCCUCAAGAUCACAAACGUUUCAUAAAAGGUCCACCAGGGGCCUUUUAUAGAGACCUUCACAUGAAUUCCAAGCAUGAACCGAGGCGUGUGAGUUUGAUUCAAGCAAACAGACCUGGUAAAUUUCCCACACAAAACAAUAACACGAAGGAUUAUCCAACAAAUGCCCUUCGCCCUCUUGCACUUUUAGCAUCUACCAAUAAUGCAGCUUCAACCUUUGAGAGCCGUCCGACAGUAGAGCAACCAUCAACACCCGUUCGAGGUCAUACUCACAGGGGUACGCAAAGCGAUAACACCAAUGAUUUCAUUUAUAGGUCCCCUCUUGCUCCUCCUAAGCGUCCAAGCUGGCAGGAUUUGUACAGUCCUCAUCAGUUGCAGGAAAUUCGAGAUGCUGCAAAAUCCGAUGGUUUCUUCGAAUCUCAACCUGUACUUGGUGAUAGCGCUCGUGAUUCUCGAGGAAACACAUGGAAGCAUUUAUUCGAAAACCCGAAAUUAUCUCCUUGGUCUCAAAACCCUGCUCAUAUCAUCCUUGAGGCUCGUCGCAAAAGAAACAUCUCAAUCUUGGUAUUGACCUUAUGUAAUCUAUUCCCUCCGAUGUUAUUGCUGGAAAGUAACGAGAGGAGAGAAGCGAGUGGUUUCAGCAAUAUGGCUGAAUGGGAUGAGCGAUGGCUUGUUAUUAUAUGUGCUCCAUGUUUUAAAAAUAUCAGGGAUCGAGUAGAUGGGUGUAUGGGAUACGAGUGUAUGGGAUAUGGGUAUACGGGUAUACGAUAUACGAGUAUAUGGGUAUGGGAACGUGGAAGGAAAGACAGAAAGGAUAGUGCGACCAAGAUCUGCCUACCAAGGUAUUUAAGCCAUCCUUUCAAAUCACCCACCUACCUCCUACUUUUUUAUUCGCUCGGGAGGAAGCGCAUUCCGCCCACCACCGAAAAUAUUCGCGACAAGAUCGAUUCCGUGCUGGCUGUGAAUACGGCGUCAGCAAGUAAUUUUAAAGAUACUAAGGUGUUGCCCUUGCCGGUUACGACACCUAAGACGCCGAGGGUGAAGGGGUUGAGGGAGAGAGUGGAGGAUUUGGAGGAGAUGGUGACGAGUAUGAAAGAAGCAGCGCAUGAGUGCGUGUCGGAAGAAGCGCUCGUUCAUCUGAAAUCAUACAAAUAUUCGAGCGUGGAUAAGAGUUUGAUUUCGAAUUAUAUCUUGAAACAUUAUUGGAAUGGCUUCGUCGAAUUAUUACCAUUAUGGAUUGCGCCAAAUAUGGUAACAUUGUUGGGAUUCUUUUUCAUUCUCAUUAAUGUUAUCUUUUUGGAGCUCUUCAUGCCGGAUUUGGUUGGACCUGGGCCGUCAUGGUUAUAUUACAGUUUUGCCUUCGGUCUAUGGAUGUAUUCAACAAUGGACAAUGUAGAUGGAAAACAAGCGAGAAGAACCGGAACAUCUAGCGGUCUAGGUGAACUCUUCGACCAUGGAAUCGAUUCUCUAAAUUGUACACUUGCAUCACUUUGCGAAACGGCUGCUAUGGGUUUAGGUACAUCAAGAGCUGGAAUCUUCACCGCAUUGAUUCCAUGUUUACCCAUGUUCUUUUCAACUUGGGAAACAUAUCAUACACAUACAUUAUACUUGGGAAUUUUCAAUGGACCUACAGAAGGAUUAAUCUUGGCUUGUACGAUCAUGAUCCUAAGUGGAUAUUAUGGACCAGAAAUUUGGACACAUCGAAUCACGGAUUUAGUCGGUCAUCAUUAUUUCCUCGGAUAUCAUGAAUUUUUCGGUUCUUAUUCCGUUAGAGAUCUCUGGGUACCAAUUCUCGUCGUCUCAUUAUUCGGUAUUCAUGUUCCUUUCUGCGUUAUAAAUGUGGUUAAAGCAAGGAGAAGAGAUAACUUGCCUGUUUUACCGGUUUUCCUCGAAUGGACUCCUAUGGCCGUGUUUACUUUCAGUAUUGGUGCUUGGCUUUUCUCUCCAUACUCAACACUCAUGGCGGAAAAUCGUUUGGUCCUUUUCUGUCUUACAAUGAGUUUUGUCUUUGGAAGAAUGACAACAAAGAUUAUUUUGGCACAUCUUACAAGGCAACCAUUUCCUUACUGGACAGUUAUGCUCACACCACUUGUUGGAGGCGCUAUUCUCGGUAAUCUCCCACGAUUUGGUUUACCAGCUAAGUUGGAGGAGAUUUAUAGAAAUCAAGAAAUGGAGAAGAGAUUGGAGAAGAGGGGUUUGGAGGUUAAUGGGAAGAGAACACCUAGUGGAAGUGGAUCGAAGAGUCCGAUUGGAAUGCCAAAUGGGAAGAGGGCUGAUUAG